GCUUCACACUGGCGCUUGAUUGAUUGAGUGACAAGACAUGGAUCCCCUGAAGAUAGCUCACGCUGAAGAAAAGGCACUGGACUGGCCGCGAGAAGCCGAGGUGCUGGCGCGCGAUCCCCAGCAGCUCGAGGAGGCCUACCGUGGCGGCAAGAGUGCACUCCGACAGGUGCUGCAGUCGCCGUUUGUCAUCGUCUGCGCCAUGGCCGCUGCAGCCGGCGGCUUCUCCUUUGGCUUUGACCAGGGCGUCAUCUCCAUCAUUCUCGUCGAGCCGCAGUUCCUGGCGCAGUUUCCCCUCGUCGACGCGGCAGUGAGCCCGUCGGCGAGCUUCUACAAGGGCCUGCUGACGGCCAUGCUCGAGUUUGGCGCCUUUCUCGGCGCGCUCCAGUCGGGCUUUGUCUCGGACAAGUUCAGCCGCCGGCGCACCCUCUUCAACGGUGUCGUCUGGUUUGUUGCGGGAAGUGUGCUCCAGACGACGGCCUUUAGUUAUGCCCAGCUCGUCGUGGGCCGGCUCAUCGGCGGCGUGGGCAUCGGCACCCUCGCUGCCGUCGCACCCCUGUACAUCUCUGAGCUCGCCCCGCCCAACAUCCGCGGCACGCUCCUGGUCAUGGAGUCGUUUAUGAUUGUGCUGGGCGUCGUCGUCGCCUACUACGUCUCGUUUGCCACGCGCAACAUGGCCUCCGACUGGUCUUUUCGCCUGCCCUUUUUGGUCCAGAUCACCCCUGCCCUCGUCCUGGCCGUGCUCUUCUUCUUUCUGCCGUACUCGCCCCGCUGGCUCGUCAGCAAGGGCCGCGACGCCGAGGCGCUCGCGACGCUCUGUCGCCUCCGACGGCUCCCGCGCGACAGCCCCUUUGUCCUCGCCGAGCUCAUCGCCAUCAAGGCCGAGUCGGCCGUGCAGUACCGCGCCGAAGCCGUGCGCCAUCCCAACGUGGCCGGCAAGCCAGGCCUGGCCAACGAGCUGGCCCUCGAGGCGCUGCGCUGGAAGGACAUGUUCUCGGGCGCAGGCAUCUUUAAGCGCACCCACAUCGGCCUCGGCCUGGGCUUCUUCCAGCAGUUUAUUGGCAUCAAUGCCCUCAUCUACUACGGCCCGUCGCUGUUCGAGGCCGUCGGUCUCGACUUUUCGCUGCAGCUCACCAUGUCGGGCGUGAUGAACAUCUGCCAGCUCGUCGGUGUCGCGCCCGUCUUCUACCUCCUCGACCGCGUGGGCCGCCGUCCGCUGGUCAUCUACGGCGGCGUCUGCGUGUGCCUGUCGCACGCCAUCAUUGCGGCCCUCAUUGGCGUCUAUGGUCUGGCAUGGCAGCGCCACGAGGCGGCCGCGUGGGUCUGCGUCGCCUUUAUCUUCGUCUACAUGAUCGCCUUUGGCGCCACCUGGUCGCCCGUGCCCUGGGCGCUGCCCGCCGAGAUUUUUCCCUCGACGUUCCGCGCAAAGGGCACCGCACUCGCGACGUGCUCCAUCUGGCUCAACAACUUCAUCAUCGGCCUCAUCACGCCCUCGCUCAUCGGCCAGGUCCACGGCGCCGGCGCAUUCAUCUUCUUUGCCGUCUUCUCGGCCGUUGGUACCGUGUGGUGCUAUGCGUUUGUGCCCGAGACACGGGGCAAGUCGCUCGAGGACAUGGACAAGAUCUUUGGCGACGACUCGGCGGUGCGCGAUGCGGCGAUGCGCGAGGCGUGCAUGGUCGAUGUCCUCGCCGAGGUCCGGUGCCUGGUCUCACGUGAGGGGGGCACUACCUGUGCUGAUGGAGACAGACCCAACGGCGGAGCAGCUCGAGCCAGCGACGCCGACAGCACUACCGACAAGUCCCUCGGCAAAGACGAAGCCAAGACUGACCAGGUAGUCGUCACCACUUCUGAUGCGUAAUGCGAUUCUUGGU